AUGUCUAGCUGUAUCGCCGGCCCAUCUAGAUCGGUAUUCCGCCACCGUCUCCCUCUCGCCCUCGUCCCCACUGUCCUCCCCUCUCGCCCCCUUCCCUCAGCUCCCCGGUACUUCACUGCCUCGUCCACCUCUCGGUCCGACUCACGGAGACAGGCAUACACCCUCGCUCAGCCUAUAUCGGAUUCCGGCGGAUUUGAGGGGAUUCCAGCGGCGGCGUACGUGGGCAAUGUAGAGACUGCCUCGAUAGGCAAGGGAAAGGGGAAGGAGGUUGAUCCGCAUGCGGCACCGCAGCCCGUUGCCCCGCCCGUGCCGGGUGCGAAGCCCGCUGUGGAGCGGAAGAGGGUUAUCAAGGCCAAGAAGGCUGCGAUCACUAUGACACCUGCCGCCCUAGAUCGUCUGCGAGCCCUAGUCUCCAACCCCACCCCCCAGCUCCUUCGAAUAGGCGUCAAAACCCGCGGUUGCGCCGGGAUGGCUUAUCACCUCGACUACGUUUCACCUCCCGGAGGGAAGUUUGACGAGGUGGUCGAGCAGGAUGGGGUACGGGUAUUGAUCGACUCGAAGGCGUUGUUCAGCAUCAUUGGGAGUAAGAUGGACUGGAGGGAUAAUCGGCUGAGUGCGGGGUUCGUCUUUGACAACCCAAAUAUCGAAGAUUCGUGUGGAUGCGGCGAGAGUUUCAAUGUACGAGCUUAG